AUAAUUAACUUAUAAGACUGUGUCUAAUCUUCAAUUAAUGUUAAUUAACUAAAACCAUUUUUUAAAACUGUCCGCCAUGGCUUAGCGUUUUCUAGAGCAGAGAGAAAGAAGAAUCUCAAUUCUCUUCGUUACUAAUGUCAUCGUAUUCUUCAGAUUCCACGGCGGCGCGUGAUCAACAUGCGCCUCUACUCCGUCCACGACACGACGGCUCUUUUUCUUCUUCUUCUUCAUCAGCCAGACCUACAGCUCUCGCCGUUCUAUUAGGACGGAUCACCGGCCACCGAGCACCGUCGAUGCUGGUUAGAGAAACAGCGGCGCGUGCUCUCGAGGAGAGACGAAUCGAUUGGGGUUACUCGAAGCCUGUAGUUGCUGCUGAUAUACUAUGGAACGCUGCUUUAGUUCUUGCGUCAGCGGUUAUGCUUGUCGGUACCGUUGAAGAAAGACCUAAUGAACCGAUUAGGGUUUGGAUCUGUGUGUAUGGGUUACAGUGUUUGUUCCAUGUGGUUUUGGUUUGGUCUGAGUAUUGGAGAAGAAACUCAACUCGUAGAGCUAGGGAUUUGGAGUCUUAUGAUCAUGAAGAUUACAACAUUGAGUAUGAUUAUGAACAAGACAGUGAUGACAAUUCAACAACUUACAGUUUUGUGAAGAGAUGUGAGUCGAUAAACACAGUGAUAUCAUUCAUAUGGUGGAUAAUUGGAUUCUACUGGGUUGUUGAAGGUGGUGAUAAGCUUUUAGGAGAAGCUCCUAAUCUUUACUGGUUAUCGGUGAUUUUCCUGGCGAUUGACGUCUUCUUUGCUGUUUUCUGUGUUGUUUUGGCUUGCCUUGUUGGAAUAGCUCUUUGUUGCUGUCUUCCUUGCAUAAUUGCUCUUCUUUAUGCCGUUGCUGGAACGGUAUGAAGCCAUCUCAUCGAUCUUUGUUGUCUACUACUUUAAAGAACUUAGAGACGCCUUUUCUUGCGGGUUUUAUACAGGAAGGUGUAUCGGAGGCGGAGCUCGGUGUUCUUCCCUUGUACAAAUUUAAGGCUUUCCAUAGCAAUGAGAAGAACAUUACUGGACCUGGUAAAAUGGUUCCUAUACCGAUCAAUGGCUUAUGCUUAGCAACUGAAAGAACACUGCUUGCUGAGGAUGCGGAUUGUUGCAUAUGUCUGAGUUCAUAUGAGGAUGGCGCAGAGCUUCAUGCUCUUCCUUGUAACCACCAUUUUCAUUCGACUUGUAUUGUGAAAUGGCUUAAGAUGAGAGCAACAUGCCCUCUUUGCAAAUACAACAUUCUUAAAGGAACCACUGAUCAAUCUUGAAGACAAAACUCAACCAACCAGAGGGAAUAAGAUUCUGCACAUAUAGAAACAGAUUCCAUUUCCUCAAUUAAAAAGCUUCUGUAUAUAUUUAUUUACAUAACUAUCAAAGUCAUGUGUCUUUUGUUAAAAGCAUCCAUUUUAAAUGUAAAAGAUCACACUUUACAAAUGCCCUUUUCUAUAUUUGCCCAUAUUUGAGAAU